AAGCGUUAGUAAGCCUCGGUCAGGGCAGAAAGAGCUCUGGGCGAUUCACACACGGCUACCCCAGACUCGGACCCCCAAGCCGGAAGCCUCUAAAACCGAAAAUUGGAAAAUCGGAAAAUCAGGAGAGGCCAGGGCUCCUGAGCUGGUCCCAGAGCACAUCUUCCACCAGCGCUCAGACAACGCGCGUGACUCUCCCACGCCGGGCCUCGGCUCCCUCCCAGGUUUGGCUGACCCGGAGGGCCGCGAAUCACGAUGCUCACACGCGCUCCCCGCCGCCUGGUCCAGGGGCCCCGGGAGACCUGGCUGCUUGGCGGCCUCUGGGUCUGGAUAUUGUGCGGCCUGGGGAUGGCGGGCUCCCCGGGAACCCCGCAGCCAUGCCAGGCGCCCCAGCAGUGGGAGGGACGUCAGGUUCUGUACCAGCAGAGCAGCGGGCACAACAGCCGCGCCCUGGUGUCCUACGAUGGUCUCAACCAGCGCGUGCGGGUGCUGGACGAAAGGAAGGCGCUGAUCCCCUGCAAGAGAUUAUUUGAAUACAUUUUACUCUAUAAGGAUGGAGUGAUGUUUCAGAUUGAACAAGCCACCAAACUGUGUGCAAAGAUACCCUUGGCAGAACCCUGGGAUCCUCUCGACAUUCCCCAGAAUUCUACCUUUGAAGAUCAGUACUCUAUCGGAGGGCCUCAGGAGCAGAUCAUGGUCCAGGAAUGGUCUGACAGGAGGACAGCCAGAUCCUAUGAAACCUGGAUUGGCGUUUAUACAGCCAAGGAUUGCUACCCGGUCCAGGAGACCUUCAUUAGGAACUACACUGUGGUCCUGUCCACUCGGUUCUUUGAUGUGCAGUUGGGCAUUAAAGACCCCUCUGUGUUCACCCCACCAAGCACGUGCCAGACAGCACAGCCAGAGAAGAUGAAAGAGAACUGCUCCCUGUGAAUUUCCAUGAGCGGAAGCCACGACCUCAGCUCUUAGGGACUUUGUGUGGAAAUGGACUAGAGGCCAGUUGGAAAGCAACUCGUCACGAGAAGCAAAGCUAGUUUUAGGAAGAUAAACCCUAUGUGGACUUGCUUGUCAUCUGACUGUGGCUGCUCAGCUCUAUUUUUGGAAGGAACCUGGGUUAUCCUUUCUGUGUGCAGGUGUGUAGUCAGUGCUGUAGGGUAGGACGGGGUGAAGGUGGGGUCGGCACAAGGAGUUUGCCUCUGCAGAGUGAACCUUUUAUUAUUGCCAAUAAGAUUGAAAGUGAUAAUAAGAUAUAGUAUAAUUUUUUUCAGUUCUCUCCUUACAAAGAAAGUCCCUUGCUUGUGUGCACUAGGGUAGUGACAGUUCCCACUGACCCCACACCUGCCUCUGGCUACUAUGAGAUGACCCUUUAAGAUUCUUUCCAAGCUUAAAUUUUGUCACAUGGCCCACCGGAUGUAGAUAUUCUGCAAGGAAGUAGAAACUUGUAAUGCAAAGCAAUGUUGCCUCUGAAGGGAAAAGAAGUUUUAAGCGGGAGGCUUAGACAAUCUUAGUAUCUUCAUGUGAGAUGAAGUCCGAGCCGUGUGUGGUGCUUUGUGUGCAAGAGUACUGACUGCUGUGCUGAAACUAUGUCUUUUCUAGCGGGCAAACAGGCUUGCAAAACAGCACUGAAUUGGGAGGCCCCCAAGUAAGGCCUAGGAUUCUCUGCUACUCUAAUCCUUUAAGUAGUAAAUGCACUAGGCUAAUAGCUCUCGCCUUGCCUUUCUGGAAACUCUCUGUCUAUAUGACUACUGCUCACGCUUCCAACAUCAGCUCACAUGUGCCCCCUGUGAGCUGCUCCAAUGCCUGAAUUCAUUGCACCUUACAGCUUGGCAUGCCUUGCUCACAAUACUCAGUAUGCUGCGUGAGGAUUUCCUGAUUACUGGAAACUAACCUCUGUUAUCCUGGGUAAGAAUCCCUUGAGUUACGGGUAUCGUGUUCUGUUUACUUUAAUAUCUCCAGCACCAAGCAAGUGCCUGGCACGUAGUCCGUGCCCCAAACAUUUGCAGAGAGGAGCUCAUCAGCUCUGUCAGUGUUUAGUUUUCUCAUCUAUUAAACAGGGUUGGUUUUUCUGGUUGCUAGGGAGACUUGUACUAAUGCAACCUACUGUUCUAGAUUCUUUAUCACCGUGUUUCAUUUGACCACGUAUCACCUUUUGUUAUCAAGAGAAAUGUGUGAAGCUUGCUUUAUGCUGUAGCCAUCUAUAUUGUAAUUUAUCUCUAUACAAUUAAACAAAUUUAUUGACACCCUACAAA